GUGUUAUGCGACUAUUCAACACUUGCUCGAGACUUGCCUUGAGUAAUGCAUGACAGACGAUCUAUAUGUCUAAUUAGAAAACUGAGCACUCACGGUCAAGAAGAGUAGGUGGUCAUUUGUCCCAUUCAAUUUUUUCUAGGAACAUAUUUAAAACAAAGAGUGAACGUAAGUCCCUCGCACAAGCCGGUCAAAUAAAUGAUCAUGACAAAGUGUCAAGGUUGAAUAUAUCCCGAAUUCAUAAAAGAGAAUUCCCACUUAUAAAUGUAUUGCAAUCAGUAUCCCUCUCAUUCCCUGUUCCAAGGAGAAGAGAGGAGCGGAGAUGAGUACAGCAGAGAAGGUGGUGUGUGUAACUGGAGCGGCCGGUUACAUAGCCUCCUGGCUUGUCAAAGUGUUGCUUCAGCGUGGCUACAUGGUCAAAGCAACUGUACGCAAUCCCAGUGAUCCAAAGAAGACACAGCACCUUCUGGAACUUGGACGGGCUAAGGAGAGACUACAUAUCUUCAAAGGAGAAUUGCAGGAAGAAGGGUCUUUUGACUCAAUAGUUGAUGGGUGCGAGGCUGUCUUUCAUACAGCAUCACCGGUUUUUUUCUCAGCUUCCAACCCUGAGGCUGAAAUAGUCAAUCCUGCAGUUGAAGGUACCCUAAAUGUUCUCAGAUCAUGUGCGAAGGUCCCUUCUAUCAAGAGAGUGGUUUUGACAUCCUCCAUGGCUGCGGUUGUGUGCAAUGGGAAGCCUUUGACCUCUGAUGUGGUAGUUGAUGAGACAUGGUUCUCCGAUCCAGCAUUCUGUAAGGAAUCAAAGCUUUGGUAUGUGCUAUCUAAAACCUUAGCAGAGAAGGCAGCUUGGGAUUUUGCAAGAGAGAAUAGGAUGGACCUGGUCGUGAUAAACCCUGGACAUGUGAUUGGCCCUCUCUUGCAGUCUACCAUCAAUCUCUCUAUGGAGAUGAUACUGAACCUCGUCAAUGGAGCUCAAACAUUUCCCAACAUCUCUUACAAAUUUGUUGAUGUCAGAGAUGUGGCCCAUGCACAUAUUCUAGCUCUUGAAAAUCCUUCAGCUAGCGGCAGAUAUUGUAUGGCAGGAGAAGCAAUACAUUGUCAUGGCGUUUUGAAGAUCCUGCACAACUUUUAUCCAACACUGCACCUCCCUGAAAAAUGUGAAAAUGACAAACCAUACGAGUCGGCUCCUUGGGUGUCAAGGGAGCAGAUUGAAGGUCUGGGUGUGAAGUUCAUUCCUUUGGAGGUCAGUCUAAGAGACACUGUGGAAAGCCUCAAGGAGAAAGGCUUCCUCUCUUUAGAGAAGAAGAAGAAGAAGAUGAGCACGAGAGAGGAGAAGCAGAAAGUGGUGUGUGUGACUGGAGGGGCAGGUUACAUAGCUUCUUGGGUGGUCAAGCUCUUGCUUCAGCGUGGCUAUACUGUUAAAGCCACCAUGCGAGACCCAAAUGACCCAAAGAAGACAGAACACCUUCUGGCACUUGAAGGGGCUAAGGAGAGGCUGCAAUUAUUUAAAGCGGACUUGCUGGAAGAAGGGUCCUUUAACUCAGUAGUCAAUGGGUGCAUAGGCGUUUUUCAUACUGCAUCACCCGUCUUGCUCUCAGUUGCUGACCCCCAGGCUGAAUUAAUUGAUCCUGCCCUAAAAGGCACCCUUAAUGUUUUGCGGUCAUGUGCCAAAGUCUCUUCUAUCAAGAGAGUGGUGGUGACAUCUUCUAUUGCUACGGUCUCAUAUGUUGCAAAACCUCUGACGUCUGGUGAUCAAGUUGAUGAGACUUGGUUUUCAGAUCCAGACUUCUGUGAGAAAUCUAAGCUUUGGUAUGUUCUCUCAAAAAUCUUGGCAGAGAAGGCAGCCUGGGAAUCGGCAAAGGAGAAUGAGAUUGACUUGGUCACGAUUAACCCAGGAAUUGUCAUUGGCCCUUUGCUGCAGCCCACUGUUAAUCUCAGUGUGGAGGUGAUACUGAACUUUGUUAAUGGAGCACAAACAUUUCCAAAUGAAUGUUAUUGUUUUGCCGAUGUCAGAGAUGUAGCGAAUGCACAUGUUCUAGCUUUUGAAAAUCCCUCAGCUUGCGGAAGAUACUGUGUAGUAGGAGAAGUCGCACCUUGUCAUGACGCCUUGAAGAUUUUGCAGAAUCUGUACCCAACAUUGCACCUUCCUGAUAAAUGCGAAGAUGACAAACCUUUCGCAUUGAAGUAUGAAUACUCAAGAGAAAAGGCAGAAGCUCUGGGUGUCAACUUCACUCCUUUAGAGAUCAGUCUAAGAGACACCAUUGAAUCUUUACGGGAGAAGGGGUUCAUCUCGGUCUAGGCACCUGCUUAAAAACAGCACGACACUAGCUGAUAAU